CUAGGACAGUGAACCUUUGGAGUUUGAUAUGAUGUGAUUAUAGAAUCACCCACAGGGACACGUCGGCCGCCCAGCCAGAAUGAAGGACUGAGAGCCGCGGGUGGUGAUCUCUGAAAUUGCUCAGUGAGCACCCCUAAUUCUCCUGAUUUACUGCUGCUGCUACAAUCACUCUCAAUGGAACCCAAUCACAAAUCCGGGGACGGCCUGGCGGGCAUGCAGAAAGAGGUGGCACUGCGCACUCUCAUCCAGCGCACCGGAUACCAGAUACUACAGGAGAAUGGUCAGCGGAGGUAUGGAGGGCCUCCGCCAGGCUGGGAGGGCCCCCCCCCAGAGCGGGGGAGUGAGAUCUUCGUGGGGAAGCUGCCCAGAGACCUGUUUGAGGACGAGCUGGUGCCCCUCUGUGAGAAGUUUGGGAAGAUCUACGAGGUGAGGAUGAUGAUGGACUUCAACGGCAACAACCGGGGCUACGCCUUCGUCACCUUCACCACCAAGCAGGAGGCCAAGACCGCCAUGAAGCAGCUCAACAACCACGAGAUCAGGAAUGGUCGUCUGCUGGGCGUGUGCGCCAGCGUGGACAACUGCCGUCUGUUCGUGGGCGGGAUCCCCAAGACCAAGAAAAGGGAGGAGAUCCUGGCCGAGAUGAGGAAGGUCACCGAGGGGGUCAUGGAGGUCAUUGUGUACCCAAGCGCCGCUGACAAGACCAAGAACCGUGGCUUUGCCUUUGUGGAGUACGAUAGUCACCGUGCUGCAGCCAUGGCCCGCAGGAAGCUGCUGCCAGGCAGGAUCCAGCUGUGGGGUCACGCCAUCGCCGUGGACUGGGCGGAGCCAGAGGUGGAGGUGGACGAGGAUACCAUGGCGACGGUGAAGAUCCUAUACGUGAGGAACCUGAUGCUGGCCACCACCGAAGAGACCAUAGAGAAGGAGUUUAACAGCAUCAAGCCAGGUGCAGUGGAGAGGGUGAAGAAGAUCAGGGACUACGCCUUCGUCCAUUUCACCCACAGAGAGGACGCCAUCAACGCCAUGACCGCCCUCAACGGCAAGUUGGUGGACAGCUCUCCCAUCGAGGUGACCCUGGCCAAGCCCGUGGACAAGGACAGCUACGUGCGCUACACGCGGGGGACGGGGGGCCGCGGGGGCCCCCUCCUCCAGGGGGAGUAUGCCUACACGCUGGGCCAGGUGUAUGACCCCACCGCCGCGUACCUCGGGGCGCCAGUCUUCUACGCCCCCCAGGCUUACGCCGCCCUCCCAAACCAGUUCCGCUUCCCCACUGCCAAGGGACACGUGGGGGGGCGCGGUCUGGUCCGGCCGCCUUCGAUCAGAGACAUUUACAUGAAUAUACCUGUAGGGGCGGCCGGCGUGCGGGGCAUGGGGGGGCGGGGCUACCUGGCCUACGCAGGCGUAGGGCGUGGCUGCGCCGGCUACCAGCUGAAGGCCGAUAAGAGGCCGGACGACAAGCUGUUUGACCUGCUUCCUGGAAUGGAGCUCACCCCCAUGAACACAGUGGCCCUGAAACCUCCUGGGAUGAAGCACGCUCCGCAGAUUCUGGAGGAUGUUUGUCAGAAGAACAACUGGGGUCAGCCCGUCUACCAGCUCCACUCUGCUCUUGGACACGACCAGCGGCAGCUGUUCCUUUAUAAGGUCACCAUCCCAGCCCUCGCCACCCAGUACCCCAACGUACACCCGUUCACCCCGUCCAAGCUGUGUGCGGCGGUGGACGAGGCCAAGGUCCACGCGGCCGAGCACGCCCUGCAGACCCUGGGGCUGCAGACAGAGGGCGCCGCAGAGGCCACCGCUGCGGCCGCAGCCGCAGCCGCCUUCUCAGUAGGUUACGCCCUGGCCAGCCCCUCCGCCUCUGUUGUGGCCUCCCAGCUCAAACAGGCCGUGUCGCUGGGCCAGGAUCUCACGGCCUACGCCACCUAUGAAGGGUACCCUGCCUUCGCCGUGGCAACCCGAGGAGACGGCUACGGGGUGUUCUGAACCGACAUUCUGGAAGCCCAGAACCCGGACGUCCGAACCUGAAACUUCAUGCCGACCAGCGUUCCUUCCGAACUCUUUCUCUGACUGUGAAACAAUGUGUCCUCUCUGUAGAAUUGAUCUGAUUGUGAAAAUGGAUUUUGUAGUUGUUCUAGGGCCACUAUUGGCUGUCGUAGAGUAGUACAGAAAUCACAUUUAAUUCCAAAAGCAUUGAUUGGUUAUUCUUUGGUCAUUUUGAAAACGUUUUGUUUUUUUGUACUUUUGUUUUCUGAGAAAAGGAUGUCUGCACAUGGUGUUUACUUCUCUCAGUAACUUAACAGUCAUGUUUUUUUUUUGUUGGUCUAAAACUUUUCUUUUGGUUCAUGACGCUGUUUUUAUUUUGGGGUCAUGAGGGAGACGACAGGCCUACUCUGAGGUCAAACUCUGAUAAACUGACUGAUAAAAAACGCCUGAACACCUGGACUUUAAUCCCCCAAAGUACUAGAAAAACACAAGUUCCAUUCAAACAGACAAACAAACCACAAUAAUACAAAAUCUAAUCAAGUCAAGUCCAGAUCAUUUGUCUCUCUGGCCUCGUGGCCUUUUAUUUCCUCAGUGAAGGACAGGAAUGCAAUUUCAACAUUUCAUUUUCAUGAAAGGUGCCUUUGAUGUUAUUCUACCUAUGCAUGCCUCUAGAUAUAAACUAACUGUGCUGUAGUAUCCUGUACACAUGGAUGUUGUUGGACUGUGUGCUUAGAAAUGGAAAUAUAUGCUAGAUGUCGUAAAGGGCUUUUAUUUUGUGUUGUUCCCAUCUCUCAGUAUUCACACUUUCAGACUAGUAUUUGUCUCGAUCUUUCAUAACUUUUUGAUAUAAUGCGUUCUUGAUGUGCAGAAUAUAACCACCCCCACAAGGUGUGAACCUGACCUGACAGUUUUAAGACUACCUUUAACACACAUGUUCUAACCUCUGUUUUAGAGGCCAUGAAAUAUGAAAUAUUUAUUUUCAAAAGGUUACGUUUGUCCAUUUGAGACAGUGUCCUCUAACAUGUUGUAGGCGAUUGACCAUCUUGGCUACAGACAUAGUGUCAUUUUCUGAGAGUUAAGUUAUUUUUCUUGGGCCUAAACUUUUUACCUUGUGUGUCUUACACCUUACUCCCUUCACCCUAUGCCCUACGCCCUAAACCCCACAUCCUAAAUCUUGCAACCUAGGUCCUAAACCCUACAACCUACACCCUACACCCUACGCCCUGCUCCCUUGCUUCUGGGCAUGCACAUCCGUAGGGCUGUGAGACUCUUGUCAGCACACCAGACAACACUAUGUUAAAAUGCCUAAGCAGUGACAGUAUUAAAAGUGUGUGUAGCACUUAAAACCUAUUUUUAUACCAUAAAUCAAACACUAUUUGUCUAUUGUUUUUGGAUAUUUUCAAAUUCUCUGUACUUCAAUAAUUGAUCGGAAAACAUGUAAACCAAAUCGUAAAGGGACUGAAUAAUCAGGCAAUAUGGAGGAAAGUGGGAGAUACUUUGGAGAGAACAGGUAAUGUGGUGACUGCUUUGGGUGAUUCUGAGGUGUCUUGUGUGAUCAUUGUUAUGGGUAAAUAAACAAUACGCAUUUCAAAACUUG